AUGGCCUUAUCUCCUCCUGAAGACUCAGACCGAUCGGCGAAGUGGAGAGGAUCGGAGACCUCUGCACCGCCAGAGAAGAAAACCAGACAGGAAGUGGCACCAUCUCCUUCCCUGCAGGAGCGUUACGACAGCUUCGCGACCUGUCCCGCGCCAGGAAACCCCAGGUACCGGUACGCCCUGGCGGCCAAUGGGUACAUAUUUCUCCCAUCCUCGAAUGAGAUCAGUUGUUUCUCUUGCGGGUAUGUUCUGGAUAAUAUCUCCUGGCGGGAGAUUGCCUCUUCACUGUCUUGGGACUCCGAACAUCACCAUUGGGUCCCCUGUGGCUUCUUCUCCACCAGGUUGCACUGCGAGAGCUGCGGCAUCACCGAGACGAACGGUGCGAGUUGGAGAGGACAUCACAUCUUGAAGCAUGCCCCGAGCCCACCCGAACAGCAGUCUUCCAAGGACAUGCAAUCGCAUACCGCAAUCAACGCCGACACGGAGCUUGUCAUUAUUAUUACCUUCGACAGCUCCGAGAAGAAAAUCGGUCUCACCUCGGCUGGGCUAGUCGCAACGACCCGGGAGCUGCCCAGGUGUACCGCUGAGACGGUCUUUCGUCAGAUUCCUCAGCUCCGAGAGGCACAAAGGCAUAUUACCCCUGCUCCCGGCCAGGCCUCAAAUUUGCUCACCUGCACGGCCUCCAUCACGGUCAAGAUGGCGUGGACGGAGUACGAGAUUUUGGGUCGGCGCGUCGACGUGAUGAACAGCAUGAUGAGCUAG